CCGACGGCAAGAUCUUCGUUAUUGAUCCAUGCGAUCACACGGUGCUUAUUUUUACCUCGACAUCCCUGCUGUCGAUAUCAUCGAUAUCUUCACCUUAAGCUAGUAAAUCCUUCAGGCCCGAACAGGGAGCAAGUAGUCAACGCACGAGCAUGGCCGAAGUUGUUCCACGCCAAGUGUGGAAGAUAGAUUAACUCGAGAUUAAACCAACUGCAACGUGCCGUAGGGUGUGCAGAUCAGGCGCAAACCCAGGGCUUAGCUGUCGCGUACUGAGGUCAGACUCGGAUCUAGUUCCAGCCUGCUACCAUGCGCGGAAGGUGUCGGGCAUCAGCUAAAAAUCUUAGUCCAGGGGCUGGACUAGGUCAACCCUGGCCAUUGAGCGCCUGGUGACUGGAUUUGUAUUUUCAGUCCUUCCUCACUUUCUUUGAAAUUUCAAAGAAUGCUCGUCGAGCUAUCGAACGCAAAUGGUGGUAACCAACCAUGACCCUCAAUGAGACUGGAGUGAUCGCACCGCCUGCCGGGGUCACGCCCGACUUUGCGCACCCUACACGACAUCUGCACACGGCAAAUCGCGUGGUCGUCAUUGUAGGGACGACUGCCAGUGCCAUCUCUCUGCUGGUGCGCAUCUACAGCCGGCUGGUGGUGGUGAGGAAAUGGAUGCUGGAUGACAACGGAUACACUCACGCUGGGCUUGGUAUCCAUCAAUGGGAGCUCACAGUAGAAGACUACAACAAGUCACUGAAGGUUCUCAUGGCUGGCGCAGUCAUGUACAUCCCAGCCCUCGGACUCUCCAAAAUCGGCCUCAUCAUUCUCUAUUAUCGCCUGUCCGAUAUGCAGCGCAGCUGGCGAAUCAUCCUGUGGAGUUUCACGAUCUUUGUCAUAUCCUACAUGGUCAUUCUCGAAUGCUUGUUCCUCUUCGGCUGCAACCCGAUCCAGAAGGCCUGGGACGUAGCCAUUGAGGGGCAGUGCAUCAGCCGGGCCUCGAUUUUCUUGGCCGGCACGUGCGCCAGUAUCUUCAUCGACAUUGUCUUGGUGAUCACGCCUCUCCCGGUGGUGGUGGGGCUCAACAUGGCGCCCAAGAAGCGCGUGGGGGUGGCCUGCAUGUUUGGGCUUGGCGGACUGUCCCUGGUUACCAGUUGUAUGCGGUUGGUGUCGGUCGUCCCAAUGCUGCAUACCAACGACGAAUCCUAUCGGCUCGGGGCUAUGGUGUUGUGGAUCAACGUUGAAGCCAGUCUGAUUAUUGUCACGGCUUGCGUACCAUCCUUCCGCCAGGUGUUUUUCUCUGGCUCGUGGAGCAGCAGUGGUAGUCGGGAGAGGGCUUUGAGUAGUUAUAGCCUGCGGAGCGGGCAGCGACGACAUCGCGGUUUCACCAACAUGACACUGGACCUUGACCCCGAUCGACCGGAUUCUGUCGAGCGGGUCGUGCCUGGUAAAGCUCCUCAGGAAGCUUAG